UUAUUCUCGCGUAGCAUCUCAAAAGCAGGUGGAGGCGAUUAUUGCCGCCAAAGUGCAGAAGGCCGACCGAUGACCCAUCGGUCAACUUACAAAUCUUCAUCCAGUUGGCGUUCCACACGACCCGUUGUUUUUUUGCUAUGCUAACAAAUUUUUGUUUACUGGUUUGUGGUCUAAUCCAGCAUUCGAUAGAUGUUGUUGGUGUUCUAUUCAAAAGGAAUCAUGGACGACAUGUUCGAAGACGAUUUCGAAAUAGAUAGCGAGAUUCUCUCGAACGAGCAACUUCCCAAGGAAGAACCGAUCGCGUCAUCUUAUAUUGAAUGUUUAAAAAAGAACUUUGGAUUUUCCAAUUUUCGGUCAACGCAAUGGCAAAUCAUAUCUUCUAUAAUUGAAGAGAAGCGUGAUAACCUGGCAGUAAUGGCUACAGGAUACGGGAAGUCGCUUUGCUUUCAGUUUCCUUCUGUGUUCUUGAAAACAGUUACCUUCAUCGUAUCACCGUUGAUUUCAUUGAUGGAAGACCAAGUGUUAUCGUUAACUGUUUCUAACAUAAAAGCUUGUUUUCUUGGAUCGGCACAAAGCGACAAAUCGACAUACGAUAGCGUGUUAAAAGGAGAUUAUACCUUGGUUUAUUUAACACCGGAGUUUUUAACAUGCGAUCUUGGCGUGUCCAUGCUGAAAACUUUAGAAUGCAAACUCUCGUUGGUUGCUAUCGAUGAAGCUCACUGCAUAAGCAAAUGGGGCCAUGAUUUUAGAUCUGCGUUUCGAAACUUAGCUGUUAUUCGACGUACCGUUCCGAGCGUUCCAAUUCUGGCUUUAACUGCUACAGCUACUCCCCAGGUUCAGAAGGAUAUUAUUACAUCGCUGGCAAUGCAUAAUACGCAGAUACAUUGCACAGGAUUCGACCGGCCGAAUUUGCAAUUUCAUGUUAGUAAAAAAGGUAGCCAAGGAGUGUGGUCUGAUAUAGGCGGUUUGCUGCGAAGGACUAAUCACGGCAGUACAAUAAUAUAUUGUCAAACGCGAAAACAAACUGAAGAUAUUGCAUGGCUAUUGAACGGGAAAGGACAUCAAUGUGCAGCGUAUCAUGCCGGUCUCUCUAUGAAAGAAAGGAAAUCUGUUCAUGAGAAUUUUGUUCGAGAUAAAAUACGAAUUAUCGUUGCCACUAUUGCCUUCGGAAUGGGAAUCGAUAAACCUGACGUUCGACUAGUGAUCCAUUACGGAGCCUCCAAGGACCUCGAAAGCUAUUAUCAGGAAGUUGGUCGCGCGGGGCGUGACGGUAUUGCAGCGAGAUGUCACAUGUUUUAUAGUCUUGCUGAUUUUCAAUUUUAUGCUGCUUUGCGUGCAACUUCUAUUUCGGGGGCGAAAAAUCAUUUAGAAAGCUUAGAAAUGAAAAUUCGUGAAUAUAUCAAUACGACUGAAUGCCGACGAUGGUUUAUCCUAGAGUAUUUUGAAGGCCCGAAGGAAAAGCCUAUACCUAAAAGACAUUGUUGUGAUAAUUGCCUUCAAAAUUUAGUAGAUGGUCGACUGGAAUCCAAGUAUGAAGGUUUGGAUGAAAAUGGAUUUUAUGAUUUCUCUAAGGAUUCAGAAUUACUUUUAAGGAGCAUUGAAGUGUUUGAUGGUAAAACGGGUCUUAUGGCUCCGAUAUUAUUUUUACGAGGGUCGAAGAGUAAAAAAGUUGCCGCAAAAUAUCAAACUCUCCCCUUAUUUGGAAAGGGUAAGAAUAAGCCAGAAGAUUGGUGGAAAGCUGUAGCAAAUGUUUUAGAAGAACAUGCAUACUUUCAACGACAGGAUACACAGUUCAAAACAAACUGCUUCCGAAAAAUUCAAAUCAUCAUGCUGACGCAAAAGGCCGAAGACUGGCUUGCAAAUCGUCCUAACAACACUUUGAAACUAAAAUUGCCAGAAGAUAUGUACACAUAUUUCAUAGUUAAAAAGCAGGAGGUAUCAAUCAGACCUCUCACUGAACCAUCAACUUCACUCAAACCUACUUCAAACUCGACUAGUUUGAAAACCACCGACGAUAAAGCAGAGUUGGUAAAGAUGCUGAUGCAGGCAAGAAACCAAUUAGCAUCUCAAUUUGAUAUCAUGCCCUACAUUGUUUGCUCAAAUCGCGCCAUAUAUCAAAUGGCCCAGUUGAAACCAAUGAACAUUGAAGAAUUACGAGAUGCUAAGUUAGAUGGAUUCUCGGAAAUAAAGGUAGUAAAAUUUGGGCCUAAAUUUGUCGAAAAUAUUCUUCGUUUCAAGAAAUAUUUACCCAGCACAUCGGUUGGUGAAGACAAUUCUGCGCUUCAAAAGUUCUUAAGCAAUCACCCUAUGGAAGGGCUAAACAUCACCCAAACGCAUUUAGCCACGUUGUCACUAUGGGAAGCGGGCAAGAACACAUUGCAAAUAGCAGAGCUUCGUGGUAUUGUCGAGAGUACGGUUUGCACCCAUAUAUCGUCAUUGAUAAAAGGGGGUUUCAUUCCAUUCACGGAUUUAAAGAAAUUGGGCGUAACAAGUAAAAUUUUCGGCGAUAUUUCAUCGAAAUUGCAAGAGGAAGAUAUUUUCAAUAUUAGACUAACGCCAUUGAAGGAGCAGUGCCCUCCUAAUAUUACUUGGGAUCAGUUAAAGUAUGUAGUAGCUUACUGCCAGCUUGAAUAUCAUUUAAAGGUAAAUGGUGGAAAUUUUUCGAGGUCACUACAAGAAAAAAGCUGCAUUGAGAAAGUUGAAGAUUCCGUUCAUAUUAGUCAUGGUUUGAUGAAAUCGAAUAUAUGUGAAUCUUCAACCAAACCAAUUUCGCAAUGUGAAGAUUAUAUUGAUCACUUUCCUGACUCUGACAGUGAUGUUGACUUUACCCAGAUUGAUUUACCAUGUUCUGAUCCACCUGUGAAAGAAGGACAACCUCUAAAGUUAGACGAAUCAUCAGGCGAUGUUUUAGACAAACUAAAUUGCGAAACUUUGGAAUCGAAACCGAAAAUGUACGAGGAUAUUAACACCAUUUCCAGUGACGAGACGGAAAACACUGAUGAGCUCGAUAAGCUGAUCUUAGCUAUAAAACAAGAGGAAAUUGAAAAUAACAGUGACAGUUUUAAAACUAUGGACAAACACAUUACAACUAGGUCAGUUCUAACUACUGAGGACAAAAAAAAAAAAAAGGGUUUGAAACGAAAGUCAGAUUUAGUAAAUAAAAUUGCAUUUAUUGAUACUAGCGACAGCAGCGAAGAAGAUACGUCGUCGAAUCAUUGCAGCUCAUCGUCAACGAUAGCUUCUCAGCAACCUGUUUGGCUGUCGAAAAAGCAGAAUCCAAAUCGAAAGAUUGUGAAGGCUUUUAAAUGUAAUAAUUUCUGAUGUGAUUUCUACAAUAUUUAGAAUAUAUUUCGCAAUUGAUACAGACCUU